UCGACAAGAUGCCUGCCACACACACCAACACCAUCUCUCUUCACUCGUCCUGCACACAGGACUCUACUAGUUAUAUCCCUCGCCUUCGGCUCCUUCUCCACGAGAUCGGGUACCGCUAUGAAGCCCAGCGACCUCCAAACCCUGGUUUCCGUGAAUCUUUUCACGAGUGGUUCCAAACCACGCUGGGUCCUGCUCUAUCUUGGGACAGCAAAAGAUUACACGGUCUUGAGCACGCCUCCUCUGGCAUCGCUGAGAGAGCCUAUCCUUAUGCCAACACGGAGAUGAAUCUCUUAAUGGGCAAGCUGACAGCGAUAGCUAUUGUUCUCGAUGAUUCCAUCGAGGACGAGGAGAUGUACGGCCAUAUGGC